GUCAGUUUGGACGCGAACGGCGAAGACUCCGUACGAGCACACGUUCUCGGCUCAGUCGCCUUUCUUUCUCGUGCCAGUGUGUUUGUUUUUGAGUGGUUAGUUCUAACAUAGUAGUGCAGCGACUUGGCCACACCAUACGCCGCCAACACAACAUUGGAGUUCCAAAAUCGCGAAGAUGAGACAUUUGUUGCUGUUUCUGGCGCUGGUAGGCUUUGCGGUCGGCCAAGGCAGUCGCUUCCGCCAAGAGUUCCCCGGCCCGUACUGUGCUGCGCGUGCAGAUAGAUGUUGCCGCGAUCGACAGGAUGGCUGUGCACAACCAAUCUCGACAACGCUCUGCUACUGUGAUGAGUUCUGCGAACGGGGCGAGCAUGGCGAUUGCUGUCCGGAUUAUGAGGAAGUGUGCAUGGGCAUUGCUCCCGAGCCAGAAAAUGCCACAUCCUGUGUGUACAAAAAUCGAUACUUCACACCGUACGAUCAGGCCCUAGUGGACAACUGUAAUACUUGCAAAUGCAACAUGGACGGUUCGGUCACCUGUACGGAAGACGUUUGUCUGGCGGACGAUGAUCUGCUCAGACAGCUGCACCAUCUGGAGCGGUCGAUCGGAUGGAAGGCAACGAACUACAGCGAAUGGUGGGGUUACAAGUACGACGAAGGCAAGGUGCUGCGUCUCGGUACGUUCCAGCCGAGGUUCCGCGUGAAGGCAAUGAAGCGACUGAGCAACAAGGGAGGCCACUUGCCAACCCGUUUCGAUGCUAGCGAACACUGGACUGGAUUGGUUGCUGAAGCCCGAGAUCAAGGCUGGUGCGGUUCGUCCUGGGCAUUCUCGACGGCAACGAUGGCUUCCGAUCGCUUCGCUAUCCUGUCGAAGGGUCGUGAAAUGGUUCAGCUAGCCCCGCAGCAGAUGCUAGCCUGUGUGCGGCGCCAGCAAGGAUGCAGUGGAGGACACUUGGAUACGGCUUGGCAGUAUCUGCGCAGAACUGGUGUGGUCAACGAAGAGUGCUACCCAUACAUUGCGGCACAGAAUGUGUGCAAAAUCAGUAACGACGACACGCUGAUCACGGCCAACUGUGAGCUGCCGGUUAAAGUGAAUCGUACGCUGAUGUACAAGAUGGGGCCGGCGUUCAGUCUCAACAACGAAACGGACAUCAUGGCCGAAAUCAAGGAUCGUGGAACGGUGCAGGCCAUCAUGCGAGUGUAUCGGGACUUUUUCUCGUACCGCAGUGGAAUUUACCGCCAUUCAGCUGCAGCCACACCCGCCGAGGAGCGUUCCGCUUAUCAUUCGGUGCGUCUGAUCGGUUGGGGAGAGGAACGUGUGGGCUAUGAUGUCGUGAAAUAUUGGAUUGCCAUCAACUCCUGGGGCCAAUGGUGGGGCGAGAAUGGUCGCUUCCGUAUUCUGCGCGGAUCCAACGAGUGUGACAUUGAAAGCUACGUUCUGGCCUCCAACCCGUACGUGCACGAGCACGUUCAAGCCAUUCGCAAGGUGGGCGAACUGCAGGAGCUGAUCGUCGGAACGGGUUACGUUCCUCAUCCCAGCCGCCGCUACCCACCGUACGCACACCGUGGCUAAAAUAGACACCGAGCGGAGCUCCUAUGGUUGCAGUGCAACUGCUGGCGGCGGAAAACGUUUACCAUGAUCGCGGGCGCCUCUUUUAUUCUGCUCUCAAUGCAAACGCUUAAGCACAAACUUCUUCAUUUUCCAGAAACAGCUGUGAAGAUAUGCACAGUAUUAAUGGCCGCUGGUGCGCUCGCUAAUUGUCGUUCCGGUUCGGUCGCGAAGCCAUACAAAAUGAAAACGUCGAAAUUAGAAUUGGAAACUCGAUCCGCCUCCUCCUUCCUCCGAACGGAUGGACAGACGGGCGGACUUUUUACGUUAACAGAUUUUUGACAAAAUUAGUCUUUAUAUUUAAAAAAGCCAAAGCGCUAUUACGGUGUUGUAAGAGAAGCAUAAGGUAGGGAAACAUGUUGUUAGGGAACCGGAAUGGCCGCAAACAUCGACCGUCGCAAAAAAAACUGCCGUUGCUGUAUCUGUGGCACUAUCUGUAACUUUAACCAAAACUGCUUUUUGAUGGUGUUCACUGCGUGCAACACAUCUGUGUGCGUGUGUCUUUGACGAAAUCCUUCUCGUUUUCAGCGUAUAUAGCGGAAACACACAGAUGCGUUUCUCUUUCCUUCUUUUUCGGACAAAUUGUACAUGUUAGAAGAUAGCAAGCACGUAAUCGUUAUAAUUGGGAGAGUAAUUAAUCGUUACUGUAAGUGUUCGAUAUUGGUGUUUAAAAAGGAAAUAGCGUUUAAGGAUACGAAUGAAUGUAUGAUACUGUAAAGAUGUUUUCUUUCGAACAAACACGUCUAUCGAAACGAAAUCCACCACCAGGAGUGUGUGCACUUCGUAUCUGGUUGCGUCGUCGCAUUUCCCCCCGGAUCGGCAGACAGUGGAUCAAAUUUUGUGAAUCGAACCAAUUUUCACCCAUGAAUCUAACACACACACACACGCUGUUUUUGGACAGUUGUUUGCUGUUUACAAUUGUAAAGAAUGUGUGUAUUAUUAAGUUUUUUUCCAAAUGAAAUUGUAUUCAAGCUACGUGUGUUAUCGCAAACGAUGUAAGGUGUUGCGCCUAUAUAAUAAAGUUAAUCCAGUUGAUGUAAAA